CGGACCCUGAGUGAAUGACGAGCCAAGUGUAUCCGUAAUUUCUCCCGUCGGCGUCCGCCAACCAAACAUCUCCGCGUGUUUUGCGUCCUCUUGGCGGACACAAGACGGCUCCCUCAAUCUACAGACAGGUCUUAAGAGGGAGCGAUCGAUCAUUCUGAAGGACGAUACGGAUAUCCGUCUUUGUGAAAGUUAAUAUCCGCCCUCCGACCUCCUCCUUCUUUUCGACGAAGAUGCAGUAUUUCAGCUUCGCCGUUGCGGCUCUCGCCCUGUGCGCCCACGUCGUCGCCCAAGACGUCGUCUGUGGCAGGAACGAAUACAGUCGCGAGGAAAUCCAGGCCGCUGCCGACGCAGCCUGCGAACAUUUUGAGAGCGGCACGACCGCCGGCCGGUCUACCUAUCCGCACGCCUACCGCAACUUCGAGGGUUUCGAGUUCGACGGCAUUGAUGGACCCUACCAAGGAUUCCCUCUCCUUAGCUCUGGCCGCGUCUACACCGGAGGUGAGUUGCACCCGGGGAGGAUAGGACAAGGACAGGUUCAAGAGGAGGAGGAGGAGGAGGAGAGGGGAGACGAGUGCUAGGGGGAAGUGCUCCUUCGACGGCGCGCGUGCUGACGCCGGAGAUUUCAUCAGGUCGCCCUGGCCCCGACCGGGUUAUCAUUACCGAGGACUGUGAGCUGGCCGGCCAGAUCACCCACACAGGCGCGAGUGGCAACGGUUUCGUCGACUGCGACGGACAGAUGUAGGUUUCUCCUGUUGGCUCCAUCUUGAGUUCCGCCAUGGGGGCCGCGGCUCUGCGGCAGGGACACUCGUUGCUAACGAUUCAACAGAACUGCUAGGACCACGGACCCGAACCAAGGUGCUCUCUCCAAAC